AGUGUUGUUUUCGUUUAGUGUUUAGUGUUCAACUCAUUUUUUAAAACCACAUUAUUAUUUUAUUACAUAAAUAUUUUAAAUAGGUACAUUUUUAAUCGUGAAAAACAAAGUUUGCCGCAGUGCCGUUACUAUUUUUCCUUUAGAAAAUGUUGUUUUAUGAAUAGAGAACUACAGAUAUCUUACAAAAGAAGAAUCUCUAAGCUCGAUUUGUGUUUAUAUCUAUCGGAACAAGAGCUGUUACGAUGAGUCUGUUCAAGACUUUGUUGCCAUUGGCUACUAAUAAUGCAAAGACGGCAGUAAGAAGUAGUGGAAAUGUAAGUAAUCAUCAGUCUUCUAGUUAUGGUUUGCAUAUGUGUGAUAUGUAUGGUGAUGCUAUGUUUAGAUGGACAUACUUAUAACUGGACUUUUAAACAGAUUAUACUUUUAAUAGACCAUCAUCAUCACUUUUAGUAAGUGACAAGUCAACUGUUAAUAUAUAAUUUUCUGGCAGGUUCCUCCUACCCCCAAAGCUACGGCUCCAUAUCAUACAUUUUCAUACUAUAUUUUAAGCCAGUGCUUGCCUAUAAGACCACCUGAUAGUAAGUAGUGAUGUAGCCCCAGAUGGUAAAUCGAAAUGCAUUAGCGUAAAGCCUAUUUACUCUUGCCUUGAUGACACCCAGAUUAUAAUCGGACGGAAACACAGACGCCGGAGAACCGGAAAAUUAUUCUAUUCCCUUGCACGGCCAUCCGUUUCGAAUGUGCGGUGUAUCGACGACAACGAAGUGUUUGUAGAGAACCGGAAACCCUUUUACUCGAAAUGAGGCAUUCCAUCUUAAUCCUUACGGAUGAAACCCAUCUGUAUUUUGAUUCGUAAUUGAGGAUCGAUGUAGAUCUCUAUUGGCCACGGCAACCACUUACCAUCAUAUAAACUGUGUGCUCUUUUGUCACUCUUGUUGUGGACUCAGAAGUGAGUUAUGGUUCGACCCGCCGACUGCCUGGUUACUGGCCUAAUAUAGCUGCAGCAUGGCUCUACCACGUAAAAUAUCUAAACCAUUCUCGAAUCAACUUAAUCUCACACACAAGAUUUCAUCAAAAACGGUCCAGCCAUUUGGGAGGAGGUCAGUCACAUACACACGGACAGAAGAAUUUUAUAUAUAAAGAUGUAUCAAAUACAUUAAAGGAUUAGGCCAUGACUAUGACCAUGGGUGAUUUUUUUUUAUAGGAUAAGGUGACAAACGAGCACACAGUCCACCUGACGGUAAGUGGUUGCUACGGCCCAUAGACAUCUACAUCUAUCUUCGAUUACGAAUCAAAAUGCAGAUGCGUUGUCACCCGUGAGGACUUAGAUGGAAUGCCUCAUUUCCAGUAAAAAGGGUCUCCCGUUCUCUACACUCACCAUACGAAACACAGCAGCGUUAAGCUGCUAUUUUACGCUGGUAUUCUGUGAGAGCGUGGUCCUUCUCCGGUCGAGCCGACCCAUUCGUGCUACAAUCAUAAUAUAGCUGCAGCAUGGCUCUACCACGUUUAAAAUGCAAAGACUCGAAACAUCGGGAAUAUAAAUCAAGUUAAAUGAACGCGAUAAAAUCUGUAAACUAGUUUCAUUCGACUUCUGUUCAGAAAUCGACGAUCACAAAAUUCAUACAAUAUUAUCAUUUGUUGUACACACGUUUUUAAACAUCAUUCGAUAGACUAAUGGACAUCGCGUGAUGUCUUGCGUCUAUUAUAUUCGCAUUAAUAGCUACUUAUGUAGGUAUAUUAUUAUUAGCGCUUCUUGCUUCUUGCGCUUUAGAUUCAAAUAGUUUUAUAUGACGAUACAUUGUAAGACUCUUUAAACUUAUUAAAAAAAUAAAUUAAAAUAUGCGCCUUUCUCUUGUAUUUUCAAAAACCAAAAAAAUGCGUUAAAAUAUAAGCUAAUAAGCUCACUGUAAAUUUCACAAUACCUAAAUACCUUUUACCUCACAAUACCUUUUAAGCUUGUAAUGCCACUUACAAGACUCCACAGAAUUAGUAAUUCAUUUAUGGGGCAAUGUAUACGCUUUUACAACAGAAUCCCAGAACAUGUUCAAAGUUUGUCAAUAAACAAGUUUAAAAGUUUUAUUAAAGAAAAACUGUACAAAAAGGGUUAUUAUAAUAUCAAGGAAUACAUGAAUGAAAAUAACCCCUGGGAAUAAAUAAGGUGAUCGCCACCAUGCUGGUUCUAUGAAAAUUCAUUUAAAAUUGUAUAAACAAAAUUAUUAUUAAGUGAAAUUAUGUUUAAAAAAAAGUCCCGCUGGGUUUCUUGCUGGUUCUUCCCAGGACAGAGGUAUUUUCCGAACCAGUGGUAAAUAAAAUAAUGACUUUCAAUAAGUAUUAUGUAAUAAUCCAUAUUGAAUAAAAAUCAUUCUAUUCUAUUCUAUUCCUACUCGAGAAACUUAGGUUUGAUACCUGCCGGCACCGUCGUGCACGUGCCCGUCAGUAAAAACAUCGUGAGGAAAUCGACAUGUCUGAAAAAUUAAAAACAAAUAUAUGUUUAAAAUUUAGUAUAGUAAUAUCUAACGCAGGGAUUCCCAACCUAUUUUGGGCACAAGACCCCUUUUCCAAAACUGAUACUUCAGACCAAAUUACUUUAAAAUUCCUAUCUCUAGUUUUUUUUCUCAUUGAUACAAAAUACUUACUAAUUUAAAAAACUUUGUGGUUGGUUAAGUGAGUAAACAUCAUAAUUUAAUAAAAUAAAUAGACAUAAAAUUCAUGGGGAUGAGUCGCUCGCGUCCGUAGGCAUCGACCACCUAAUCCUAGGCCCACCCUACACGUGUCCCCCGGGUGGUGCUAAACGAGCGACAAAGCCGAAACGACAGACUCGGCUCCUCGCCAUAUGGUAGCGGCGUAAAAUCUACCACCCCCUUAGUUCGCACCAUGAGCCUAGUAGAAAAAGAAAUGGCCCCGAGUUCCCGGCGCCCCUUUAAUGGGGCAGGGGUGCGAAGAAUCUCCGGGAGAAAAACCGGCGACGAGGUUCGCCACCCGUCACGUCCUGUCUCCCGGAGGGGCGAAAAGUGGAUUGCGGAGGCCCGUCUGGCUACGCUGAAUGUAUGUGGAGCAAUGAAUGAUAAGAUGGAUGAAGUAUGCGAAAUGAUGAAUGAUAGAGGAAUAGAUAUGUUAUGUGUAAACGAGACGAAACGAAAGGGAAGAGAUGUCACUGCACAUGGCAUAUAUACCGCUUACUGGUCUGGAGUAGACGAGACCGAGCGGGCAUGCCAGGGAGUCGGUGUCAUCCUUUCAGAAAGAAUGGGUCAAUGUGUGAAAGAGUAUGAAUGUGUUAGCCCAAGGCUGCUGUGGAUACGAAUGAAAGUGGGCUUAAAGAAGUUGUUUGUGCUAGGGGUGUACGCCCCAGAUAUGUCUAAGCCCACUUAUAUCCGAGAGCAGUUUUGGGACAUGGUAAGGCUGGUGUUGAUGAAAUGUAAGGAAAAUGAAAAUAUUAUUAUGUUAGGAGAUUUUAAUGGAAGGGUGGGGGUGAAGAGGUCUGGUUAUGAAAGGAUAUUAGGAACGUUUGGCGAUGAAAGAAUAAAUGAGAAUGGUGAAGACCUCCUCACCGUAUGUGUGGAAAAGAAUCUUUUUGUGGCGAACACUUUCUUUCGCCAUAAGAGGAUUCACAUGUAUACAUGGGAAAGAGGGGAUGAUAGAAGCAUGAUAGAUUUUAUAAUUGUGGAUGAAAGAAUGAGGAGCGCAGUGGUAGAUACAAGGGUUUACCGGGGGUCCAACGUAGGGACGGAUCAUUACUUGGUCUUAUGCCGAAUUAAUGGUCUAUUCAGACGUUGGCGGCAUCGGACAUCGGUGUCUACCACUGCGUUACAGCGUAUAAGAAUAGAGAGGUUACAAGAUGAAGGUGUGAAAGAGAAGUAUAAAUGCAGACUGAGGCAAAAUAUAAGUGGGUUGAAUGAAUUAUGUAUGAAUGAUUUAGAAUUGAAGAAUGUAUGGAAUAAUAUUAAGAAAGUUUUGGUGGAUGCAGCCACCGAAGUAUGCGGUGUAAGUAAGAGAACGAAUGAAAGGAAAAGUAAUACGUUGUGGUGGGAUGAUGAGGUACGGAUGGAAGUUGAAGCAAAGAAGAGAGCAUGGCUAGAUUUACUAGCAACUAAAGCUGGUAACUCUGGCGGUAUGAAUGAUGAGAUUGAAAGAAAAAAGGCAAACUUUAGACGUAUAAAUAAGAGAGUAAAAGAAGUUGUUG